UGCCCCCCGCUGCGGGUGGAGGCCCUCAAGAUGGCCCUGGCCUUCGUGCAGCGGACCUUCAACGUGGACAUGUACGAGGAGAUCCACCGGAAGCUGUCGGAGGCCACCAGGGAGCUGCAGAGCGCCCCCGACGCCAUCCCUGAGAGUGGCGUGGAGCCGCCGCCCCUGGACACGGCCUGGGUGGAGGCCACGCGCAAGAAGGCCCUGCUGAAGCUGGAGAAGCUGGACACGGACCUGAAGAACUACAAGGGCAACUCCAUCAAGGAGAGCAUCAGGCGCGGCCACGACGACCUGGGCGACCACUACCUGGACUGCGGGGACCUCAGCAACGCCCUCAAGUGCUACUCGCGCGCCCGGGACUACUGCACCAGCGCCAAGCACGUCAUCAACAUGUGCCUCAACGUCAUCAAGGUGCGCGGGGGCGUCUGUGCCCGCAGCUCCUUCAAGCUGUUCCUGGAGCUGGAGCCGCAGGUGCGCGACAUCAUCUUCAAGUUCUACGAGUCCAAGUACGCCUCGUGCCUGAAGAUGCUGGACGAGAUGAAGGACAACCUGCUCCUGGACAUGUACCUGGCCCCCCACGUCAGGACCCUGUACACGCAGAUUCGCAACCGGGCCCUCAUCCAGUAUUUCAGCCCCUAUGUGUCCGCGGACAUGCGCAAGAUGGCCACGGCCUUCAACACCACGGUGGCAGCGCUGGAAGACGAGCUGACGCAGCUCAUCCUGGAAGGGCUCAUCAACGCCCGCAUCGACUCCCACAGCAAGAUCCUGUACGCAAGGGACGUGGACCAGCGCAGCACCACCUUCGAGAAGUCCCUGCUGAUGGGCAAGGAGUUCCAGCGCCGAGCCAAAGCCACCAUCCUGCGGGCCGCCGUGCUGCGCAACCAGAUCCACGUCAAGUCCCCGCCCAGGGAAGGGAGCCAGGGGGAGCUGACCCCGGCCAACAGCCAGUCCCGGAUGAGCACCAACAUGUGACGCUGCCGUGGCCCUGGCUCCCGGGCGGCGCCGCCCGCACGACCCUGCGCCCGGCCGCCAGGCACUGGCCCUGCUCCCCAGCCCGCGGCCAGCGCCCUGGGGCCCUGCGGAGCUCACCUCAGUGCCCGGCUCCCCAGCCUCUGUCCCCCCCGCUUUGGGGCCGCGGAGCUGCGUCCAUUAAAGGGCAGCCUGACAGCGCUC